AUGGAUGGAACAAAGGAUUUUCCUUGGGAAAUACGAGAUGUGGAGCCAAAGUUGGCUGAUGUACUCGGAAAAUACUUUAAAAACAAACACACAAACUAUGUCCGAGUGGGACCCAAGGGCUACUUUUUCCCGAAAACCUACAUCGCUGAGGCUGCGAACAUAUACAACAUGCCGAUAAGAACCAGUGACGUCUUCGUCGCCAGCUACCCUAGAUCAGGUUCGACGUGGACUCGAGAGCUCGUUUGGAUCGUGGCCAACGACUGGAACUUCGCCAAGUCGGAGACGGUCCCCCUGGUCGGAAGGUUCAUGUUUCUGGAGUUUCCCACGCUUGUCCAUCCUUCGCUGCGGAACAAAAUCUUAAACGAUACAGACGACGCUGCGAAGAUCAAACUUCUAGAAACUAUUACCUUACCGGGAACUGUCAGGCUAGCUACCGCAGAGUCACCACGGUUCAUUUACACUCAUCUUCCACUGUCGCUGCUUCCACCAUCAUUGCUCGACAAUGCUAAAGUGGUGUAUGUAGCACGGGAUCCCAGGGAUGUAGCGGUGUCAUUCCACCACAUGAACAGACUCCACAGGUUGCUCGGAUACGUUGGAGACUUCAAAACUUUCUGGAACCUCUUCAUCAGCAACUCUAUUUAUUGGACGCCGUACUUCGAUAAUAUUAAGGAAGCCUGGGCAGCAAGGCAUAAUUCGAACAUGCUAUUUCUUUUCUACGAAGACAUGUCUAAGGACUUACCUUCAGUCAUCCGUCACGUAGCUUCAUUCCUCAAGAAGCCGUGCUCGGAGGAGUUGGUUACACGCCUCAAUCAACACCUGAGCAUCGACAGCUUUAGGAGCAAUAAGGCCGUCAACUAUGAUGUCAUGGACGAACUAGGCUUGCUGAACCCGGGGGAACAACCCUAUAUUAGGAAAGGCAAGACAGGGGGCUGGCGUGACUACUUCGACGACGAGAUGACGCAGCAAUCGGAGACGUGGAUAGAGAACAACCUCAGGGACACAGACCUACGCUUUCCAAGCAUAAAAUAUUAAUAAAUAUUACAGUGUUUAGUUAUAACUUUAUGAUGUAUGCACAAAUUCAAUAAAAGGAUAACGAU